AUGGCAGAAAAUGCUGCUAACUUUACUUCCACUUUCCAAAACAGACCAAGUAUUUUUGAGGUGAUUGCUCAAAAAUCGUUGAAUGACACGGUGUACCCCGCUUUGCAGAAAGUUGCUUUGGUUUUAGCUACCAAUCUUCCACAGAAGUUUUCCUGGUUGAAUAACUAUUUUGAUGAGACUUUUCUGGUUCUGAACGGAUGUUUGCAGUACUAUUAUUUAUCUUAUCAUGAUGCUUCCUUUGCCGAAAAUUUUUAUGGAUUGAAAAGGGUAACUAAUGAUGGUACUUUAACAAAAAAGAAUAGGGAAAUCUCUCUGAUAUUUUUGAUAAUAAUACCAUAUUUGAAACGGAAAUUAGAGGAGAAGAUUGCACUCAUCAGGAUAGAAGAAGCUGAAUGUAAUUUAAGUAAUAGUUUAGAAGGUAGACUCAAGAAAUCAUUAUUGUAUUCAUAUUCCACACUCGAAUUGGUAUGGGGUCUAUUAUCAAUUCAGAACUACGUGAGAUAUAUGGCUAAAAGUACAGAAUACCCAACGCCUAUAUUCAAAUUAAUCAACAUGCAGCUAGCAUACAAUACUGAACUUUUAGAUGAACCCGGCUUCUGGACAGCAUUAUCAAAAGGAGAUUUGAGCUGGUCUCAGUUGAGUUUUGGAUUGAUCAGGAAUGCGGUGGCAACUUCCUUACAAGUAGGGGCAUUCUUCUUGCAAUUUUUACAAACUUGGAAUGCACAAAAGUCAAAUCACAACAUGACAGAUUUGCCGAAUAUUAAAUCCCCCCUGAUUGACACCAAGUCAGUGGCCUACCGAGAAAAGUGUCCACUGUGUUUGAAACCUUGGAUAAUACCAACAGUUUUACAAGUAUCAGGGUACAUUUUUUGUUUUCGUUGUAUUUUGAGGUUCUUAAAUGAAAAUCAGAGAUGCCCUGUAACAAAUCUACCUGCCAAGCCAUUGGAUAUUGUUAGGUUAUAUAUUGGUUGA